AUUGCCUUAGAUAUGAUUUGGAAGACUUUCACGCAGCUGCAGCUGCUGCUGCUGUUGCAACUGCAGCUUGGCGCAUUAGCGUUUGCGUCAAAGUCGUCAUAUUUGCAGAAGAGCACAACCGAAAUGCCGCCCACUAGCAGUCAGAGUCAGAGUCAAAGUCAGACGCCAGUUACUAUAGCGGAGGAACAUUUUCCAGCUGUGGCACCGCCGCAGGCAGCGGAAAUUGCAGCGAAUGAAGCGGAGACAGGCCUGUUGCAACCACCACUGUUGCCCAUUGUGGAUAGUGAGGAUGGACUUCGUCGACGCGUAGUUACCUACGAUCAGCGGCAGGAGGGUCAAUAUAACAUACGUGGCGAUCUGGAAAACUUUAUGAUACUUGUGAUUCCAUCCGCUGCGCAGGACAGUCUCAGUCUCUUGGACUUUUUAAGCAAAUCGGCCAUGCGUGGCGGCUCGAAGAGUAGCAACAGACGUAAACAGGCGUCGGCCCUAAAGUCCUUCUACCAGCGACAGCAACUGCAGCGCCAGCAUCAACAGCAGCAGCUACUUCAGCAGAUUCCCCAGUCGGGAUUACCUGGCGGUCUGCCCGAAUUUAUUGAGGGACGCACGCCGUACCAUGUGGACAUCUCUGCAGCCGGCGAAGAGCUGCUACAGCAACAGCAGCAUCCACGUCUGCAUCGACAGCAGGUGGAUGUUUUGCCACCUCAGCUGAUUCCCAUGCCGCAGCUGAUAAAGCCAUAUCACCUGGAAGCGGAGCCGGAACUUAUACAAGCGUUGCCCCCCGUUCCAGCCAGCAGUAGCAGCAGCAGCGGCAGCGGAAGCGGUGCCAAUAAUCUUCUUGAAGGCUUCAACCAGGCGGGCUCUCAGUAUUAUCGCAAUUCACGCUCGCUACGCGGCCAAAGCUUCUUGGACACCAACCGCCUGCCGGGCGAAUCUAUGGCCAGCUCUAAUGCACGCGCCAUUAGUGUGCCGCUGUACCGCGCCGAUAUCGCCCGUGGCCAAACGCAGAAAGGCAAUGCCAACGUCUUGUACCCACCCAUCGAUGUGCCUGCCUAUAUAAUUAACGAGGCACAGCCGCGCAACUGGCAGCUGAGUGAGGAACCCACACCGAUACAGCCCAAGCAUCUGAUCGAUGGAGAAGCUCUGCUCAGUUUCGAGCUACUUGGCGAUGCUUUGGCUGACUCGAAGACCCUAUUACGCGACGGCCUGGCACGCUGUGCCCCGGGACAGCGACGCGAUAGCUAUGGAGCCUGCCGCCAGGUUGAGGGAUACUGAGACUGAGACUCUUUCCAGACUGCUUAACGAAAGCGCACAUAUGUAUUAGGCUAAGCAUCGCAAUAAAUGAUUAGGCAUUAGACUUAAGUUUCACACUUAU